UGAAGAUUAGGAAGCCAGAGGGUCGUUAGUGAUGGCGCGAAGAGCAGAUAGAGACGGUUAUUGGGGCGGGGAAAACGCCGAAAGCGUUGGUGAGCCUUCCCCUACCAUGGUAAACUCUAUGACCAGAAACCCUAGUAGUUCCCAUUCUCUCGCAAACCCUACUCUCCUCUCUUUUCCGUUACUUUCCUUCCCAUUCUUCUCGACAGAAAAAGGAAGCGGAAGGAACGGAAAGAGAAGGACGACGCAGAGAAAAAAAAAAAAAAAAGCAACAUGAUCGUCUCUUAGCAGAUUCCAAUCCAAAAACCUUCAGCCCUUUCAACCCUUUAAUCCAAGUAAUUUUGACUACGUUAAUCCUUUUUGACGAGGGGAGGGGUGAGAGGGGAUUAAUCAAGCGGUGGGCUGUUCUUGCGCCAUUUGAUUCAAGCAACGGGCUGUUAUUGUGUGUUUUGAUCCAAGUGGGUGGAUUAUUGAUAUCUUGGGAAGGAUAAGGGGUGCUCUGAUUGAUUCGAUUGAAUCUGAAAACCACCAAUGGCAUCAUGAAAUCUUCAAAAUGAGAUGGCAUAGGAGGCUGGAGGAGGCUUGCAUCUGAUCAGAUAGGUACAAUUAUGGAAUCUGGACAUGUGAAUGGGAGUAGAAAGCAUUUGAAGACAUAUACUGUGGCUACAAUUGGUGAAAGUGAUAUUUCUGCCCCAGAUGAAAGCGCAAAUUCUCCAUCUUCAUCUUCUUCAUCAAACACUUCAUUGGAUGAUUUCUUCUGUGUGGAUGGAAGUCAUGGUACCAAACUUGAAGAGGAUGCUCUUUUAGCUACAAAGGGUGUUUCUAGUGACCGAUCUCCAAAAUCUUUGGAGUCUUCUGAUCAGGGGUCACAAAGCGAUACAUUCCCAAUAGAAGUUACUGUCAUUUCUCCAGAUUCAAGCUUGGAUGGUUUGUCAGUGACACAAUCCCCUCCAAUCCAAGUGAUGGGUAGAUCAGUAGAACCUGAUCCGUAUAGAAUUCCAUCUUCUGUGUUUGCAAGAAGUAAGUCCACGACUCCAAUGGAAUGGAGUGUUGCUUCCAAUGAGUCAUUGUUCAGCAUCCAUGUUGGAAAUAAUAGUUUCUCCAGAGACCAUAUUUUUCUGAUGGGUAGAUCUGGAGAGCUGGGUAAGUCAGGAGAGUUGAUAAACUUUCCAGACUUUCCAAUUAGCCCACCUCCAGUAAUGGAUGGUGACAAAAAAACUUACAAUGAUGUGAAAAAGAGUACUGAAUUGCGGGGAGGCUUAGGUGUAACUGAAGCAGCCGCUGAGACCGUGAAGGAAGUUCUGAGGGUAACUGCAGAAGAUCGCAAUAGGCAGAAGACGACUCCUGCUGAUGGGGUCCAUUAUUCCUCUAGCCAUUCUCACCGUUCUGACGGGAGUGGAGCCAGCAUCAGUUCUUUUGCGUUUCCAAUAAAGAAGAGGUGUGCAUGGCCAUCCUGCUACUGUACGUGGCCACUCUGCUACUGUUGUAACUGUAGUUGGGCGUUCUGCUACUGUUGUAACUGUAGUCGAGCUUGCAGCCAUUGUUGUAAAUGUAGUCGGACUUGCUGCAACUGUUGUAAUUGUAUUCGGGCUUGCUUCUACUAUUGUAACUGUAAACGAGUCAACAACUAUUCUUGUGCAUCUUCCACUUUGACAGGAGAAGGAGGAAGAAGAAGUAGCGACUCCGGGAAGGCAGACUCUGAGCAGCAAACACUAAAACAGCCACAGCCAAAGCCAAAGCCACAGCCACAGCCAGAGACUCCAGCAUCAACUCCAAAUGCAAGGGGGGGCAAGUGGUUUCCUUGCUUCUCUUGUUGCCCAUUCUGUUGUUGAGAGAGUAUUUUAAAGGUUUCUCAUUUGCUCCCCAUAAACGAAUGUCCUGGGUGACUUCACCUCCUUACCUACAAGCCUGUUUCGCUUUCCUGUAGGUUUUUAGUGUUGUCAAAUUGGACCUCACAAGUAUGUCACAUGGUCCAAGUGUGAAGGCUUCUAGUUGCGGUUCCUCUCUUCCACUGUCACUCUAGCUGUUGAUCAAUCAAUAUGGCAUCAUAUUCAUCUGUCUUUGGGUACAGAUACAGUUUCUUCUCCCAUUUCAUGCUCAUUUCAGUUGUUUAUGAAAGCAGUUGGCUUUUUGUACUGAUGAGGGCAGGAUGUGGAGAUAGAUAUUGUCUGAUGGCGAUGGUGAUGACGACAGCGAUGGGAACAAACUGGUAUCUGAUUCUUCUUGUGUUUUUUACUGCACCUCGAAUGGUAUUCUCCAUGUAUGAUUUCUACUGGUGCUGUAUAUUUGUUAUUGAUACAUACAUUAUAGUAACAGAGUCAUUCAUUCACCCA